GUCUGGAAACCUACACUCAUCAUGGGCUGGUACGAACAACUAAUUGCAUUAUUCGUGUUAUUCCUCACGAUAAAUACACUCACAGUUGGCAUGCGCCUGUAUACACGCAUCAUACUUACAAAGGGAGCAUUCGGCUGGGACGAUGUCGUCCUUUUGUUCACCCAUGCAGGAAUGAUAACAUUCGUGGGACUGUCAUUGCAGUCAUUACAUUACGGAAAAUAUGGCACGAGGGAAGCAUCAUGGUACGAUGAGACGAAAGCCAGCACCUAUUACUUUGCAAUGUGUGUCGUCUGCUUCAUCAUCUCCGGUACCGUAAAGAUCAGCGUUGCGCUCGUCCUCUAUCGCCUAGACAAGCGUACGCUCUACCGCGCGAUCAUUAUCGGCGACAUCGUCUUAUGCUGCAUCUGGACCCUCUUCACGACACUCAUUGUCUCUCUGGCAUGCAUGCCUGGGAGCCCAUAUCAAGGGUCUCUCAGUACAACGACGUGUCACAAUAUCACGUAUUCGCGAGAAUCUAUCUGGAUUGCUUACGAUGUCUUCCACGUCGUGUUACCUUUCUUCAUCCUACGCAAUGUUCAGAUAAGUAAAGGUUUGAAAUGGAGUGUUAUUGGUUUAUUCAGCCUCGGAACACUUGCCGCCAUCGCUGCUGCUAUGAAACUCAAAAUCGUUUAUGAAGGUUCUCAUUCUCAGGUCCAAAUCGGCUACAUUACGGGAGGGUACAAAGCCAUGCUGUGGUCGACCGUGGAGCACGGACUAUCUAUUUUCGCCAGCUCCCUCCUUGCCCUCCGCCCACUGAUGAGGCUGGUGCCCCAGGGAUGGAGGACGCUCGUGGACAGUCUUUACGGUAGCAGGAACACCGCUUCAUCAGGUCAAAGCAGCUCAUUGCCAAUUUCUAAGAAGUCAAACUGGUCCAACGCAAACGAGUCAACCGAGCUAGGCAGGAUCGGUGUCCACAAUUCAGUCACGGUACGCUCUGAGACUCCUGACUGCAAUGCUCUGAACUCGAAGACUGGAUACCAUGCAGAGGUGCGUGGUAGUAGUUUUGAGAGCAGUAACAGGCUGGUUCAGCGGGAUUAGAAAAUGCAACAACAGCAAGAUCGGGGACGAUCGAGGGCUUCGUUUCGGAAGCAGGACUAUGAAUUGCUGCCUUUGCGCAGUCAUUGUGAUACACCAAAAGUCGGGUCUUGACCAAUCUUUUUCGGUGCGCUCGUUAGUGUCACUGGGACUGGC